GUGAUCGAGAACCAGCAGAUGCUCGUCAAGCUCGGCAUCACGACGCUCGACAUCCGCAACGAGCGCAGCGAGGCCGAGAAGAAGGCCAACGAGCGCCGCGAGCAGCCCUCGACAAGCUCGGCGCCGACUCGCGCCUCGGCGCGCCAGGCGUCGGCGGACUACAACCAGCCCAACUACCUCCCGCCGGCGAUGCUUGGCGAGGACGGCGAGGAGGUGGAGGAGGACGAGGACGAGGACGAGGAGGGGAGCGUGGCCGAAAUCUCCGACGGGAGCGAGAGCGACGGCGACGGCUCCGACUUCGACUUUGAGACGCUCGGAGCGCCGCGGGCGCCCGCCAAGCCCUCCCGCAAGGCGAAGGCGGCCAAGAAGGCGCCGACAGGCGGCAAGGCCAAGGCGGGCGGCGAGCGCAAGAAGAAGAUCGUCAAGACCCGCGGCGCCUUUGCGAGCGUCGCCCCCGGCGGCCGCGGCUUCUUCCGCGACACGGCGGAGGGGAUCUUCGAGCACAUCGAGCGCGCCCACCCCGGGCUCGAGCCGCGCCGCGAGGUCAAGUGCCUCUUUGACGGCUGCGCGAAGCCGUGGGUCAGGUGCAGCCUCCGGAGCAGCGGCAACAUCAUCCUCUCCAACGUGCGGCGGCACGAGGCGCUCCACUCCAUCGGCGACCCGCCUCGCAAGGGCUUCGUUUGCCCGAGCUGCGACUCGCUGCACGACACGGCCGACGCGGCGUGGGCGUGCGCAGCGACGCACGGCGUCGAGCACGACAACAAGCGCUGCCUGUGGGAUGGCUGCGGCGAGAGCUUCAAGUUCCUGUCGAAGUACAAGGAGCACGAGCCCAAGCACACCGGCAUCUGGCCCUUCCACUGCCCGACGUGCGGCGAGGGGCAGAAGACAAAGUCCGGGGCGGACGGCCACUGCGUGAUCGGCUCUGCCUGCGUCUGCGGCUGGGUGUCGUACGCCGACCGCGGCAAGAGCAACAACGAGAAGGACCUCGCCGCGCACCUCAAGCGCUGCCGGGCGGAGGGCGGGCUCGCGACCAAGGACAACCUGGCCGUCGGCCAGGUCAAGCGUCGCAAGCUCAACGAGGCGGAGUGA